AUGACCAGCGUGCUGCAGACAAUGGUCGAUGAAACAAAUAUGUCACUGCAACGUACCAAGGAUGUCCUGACGAGGACGGCAGGGGAGCUGGCUGCCGUCAGGCUGGUUGCCCUUCAGAAUCGGAUGGCCCUGGACUACCUACUCGCUGCAGAUGGUGGCAUCUGUGCAGCGGCGAGCUCUCGCCCUCCACAAGUGCCCCACUUGACACUGAAGAAAUGCACAUUUGCCUGGAGGUGCAGACAGGAGCGCGCCAUCCGGUCAAAGCUUUUCGCUAGCUGGAAUGGGAUUGAGUCUGGGGCUCAGAGAGAAUCCGACCGGUCUCCCAGUCCCUUCCCGCGGAUUAGUCCAACUGCCCUCAGUAUUCGGGCUGGUGUGUCGCCGCCAAUGUUGGAUGUUGGCAGCCCGAUGGCUCUCAGUUCCAGGGCUCACGCUUUCUCCGUGGAAUCUCUAGUGGGCAAUUCCCUGAAGAGAAAACAUGAAGAUAUUGGGAAUGGGAAGCUGAGAGGCCGAUUUAACGACAUGCGGAAUCGGCCCGGGGAACCGAAGUACGAAGAGGACGAACAGUCUGAGGAGGCGAGAGCAGAAGGGGCCAAAACCCUUACGUCUCCGUCUCCCGGAUCACUCGGCGGUGCCUCUGAAGGUCCACAGGUAGAAUUACAAGGGACGGAUCUUUGGAAGAGGUUUCAUGAGAUUGGAACCGAGAUGAUCAUCACGAAAGCUGGCAGGCGCAUGUUUCCCGCCGUCAGGGUGAAAAUCAGAGGUCUGGAACCCGAGCAGCACUAUUACAUCGCCAUGGAUAUUAUCCCCGUGGAUUCCAAGAGAUACAGGUACGUGUACCACAGUUCCCAGUGGAUGGUGGCCGGAAACAGCGAACAGUCUCCGCUGACGCCCCGACUCUACGUCCACCCCGACUCGCCAACUUCAGGACAGUCCUGGAUGAAACAGGUCAUCAGCUUCGACCGGGUGAAACUUACCAACAACGACUUGGACCAGAAAGGACAUAUUAUCCUGCAAUCCAUGCACAGGUACCGUCCGCGGAUCCAUGUGGUAGUGAAGGAGGCGGACACGGAUCUCUCUGUAAAUCAGCGCCUCCCGCCCCAUGGACUGCACACCUUCGCCUUUCCAGAGACAGAGUUCACCACUGUGACAGCUUAUCAGAACCAACAGAUCACAAGAUUGAAAAUUGACAGAAAUCCUUUCGCUAAAGGUUUUAGGGAUCCCGGGAGAAACAGGGUUGGUCUGGAGCAAGUGAUGGACAAUUACCCCUGGAGGCCCACGAACUGCCGGCCAUCGCUGGGUUUUCAGGCAUUUGACAUCCAAAAAACAGCCGGCUGCUUCGACUGCCCGCUGGGGAGACCCGGUACCGGGACCCGCUCCGAGCUGCUUCCGACCUGCUCGCCGGGGCUGCUUCACUUCGGCGCGGGAUCCCUCGCGGUGACAUGCCGGAACACCGCCCGCUACAGCCCGGUGUGUGACAAGGGCGGCCCUGGACCCCAGCGCUUCGCCCUGCCGGCCUGCGACACCUCGCCCCCCGACCUGUUGGUCACACAGAGAGCUCCGCCGCUCAUGCUUCGUGUCCCCUCCGUGUCCUCACUCACGGCGCUGACCGGGAGAGGUGGAGAGGGCAGCGGGCACGGUCUGCACCUCGCUCCCACUGUGCUUCUGUCUCACCUGGCGCACCCAGCGGGUACCGAGGCUCAGCCGGACCUCAGUCCCCACGGCUGGUGUGCGCGGCGCCCUCACUCUCUCUGUGGGUACAGUGUGUCCGCACCUUCUAGACUGGCGGCAGGUCCACUCAAACUGGGGACCCAGCGCACCGCAGGCUCUCCGGUAACUGAGCAGAGCUUCAGAGAGGGUAAGACAGUCCGGUGGACCCAGACUGUCAACCACUGCCUCUAA